AUGUUGGGACUGGGCAACUUGGUUGUGGCCGCGGUCCACUUCCUCUCACCGGCUUAUCAGCUGUCGCAGGCCGGGACCGAUUUGUGCCCGAUGGUGGAUACGGUUUCGUCGUGCACGAGGUCCGGAAGCAUAAGAAACUUCCGGUUCGUGAUGAUGCUUGGACAGUUGCUCAGUGGACUCGGUGCCACGCCCAUCAACACGGUCACAAUCGCGUACAUCGACGAGAACGUGCCGAGGAGGAAAUCGAGCUUCUAUAUUGGCAUCUUCAAUAGCAUGGGCAUCGUUGGUCCCUCAUUCGGCUUCAUCUUGGCCGGGUACUCGCUGUCCUACUACGUGGACAUCUCUACCGAUGCCUCCGCACUCGGCCUGAGCUCGAACAGCCCAGCAUGGAUUGGUGCCUGGUGGCUCGGUUUUCUGGUCGCUGGAAUCAUGGGCAUCACGUUGGGCCUGAUCACCGUGUCUUUGCCGAAAUGCCUACCCGGUUACGAAGUGGUGCGGGAGGAGAAGAAGGCUGACCAGUCUGGCGUCACGGCGGUGAGCAUGGCGUCGAGCGAGUUCGGCCUGCGCCUCACAGACCUGCCGAGGGCUGUCCGCCGGCUCUUCACGAACAUCCCUUUCAUUCUCCUCUCGCUUGCCGUGUCCUUCAAUCGACCAUUGGUGCUCGCAGCUAGGGGCUUCGGUGCCAUCACUGGUGGCGCCUUGGUGGCCCGUUGGAACCUGCACUACGCGGGCAUGAUACGCCUUUGCAUGUAUAGCUGCUGCUUCUCCUGGUUCGGCAAUCUUGCCUUUGUCUUCAACUGUCCGGAGCGCACAUACACCACCCCUGAUGGUUACGUUGGCGCACCCGAAUGCUCCUGCGUUAACGGCACGCUGAACGACUUGGCGGACGUGAGUGCGGAUUGGCUCCUGCAGCAGUCUGUGCAGGUGAUCCGAUCGCGCUGCCCUGCUAACUGCCCACUACUGGUCGUCUACCUGCUCGGCGUGCUCCUUGCGACCCUCGCGGUCUUUCUCAACGCAGCUCCGGCCACUGAAGCGGCCAUCAGGCUCCAUCCGGCUUCCAUGAGUCCUGGGUGGCAUUGUGGACCAGACAUGCCUGGCAUGGCACCGGCCUGUGCGGCUCGAGCGGCAACUGCAUCGCGUACGAAGCCAUGGCUGGUGGCAUGUUGUAUUCGCUGCCAGUCAUGGCUCGCCUUGUCUAUGCUGCUGUACUACCUGUCACUCCUGGCACACCACCGCCACUUGCGAAUGCGAAAGGACUCCAUACCAAUUCCCGUUUUGUACGUGGGUUCCCGCUCACAGACCAUCGCGUCUCCCGCCUCCCUCUCGGAGACCACUGUGUCCCCCGUCGACCCUGCCGAGCCCUCACCUGGGCAAUGA